AUGGAUCUUUGUUCAAAUUUAGAAGAAAACAAACAACGAUUUGAUUCUGGUAAUAUUAAUGAGGAUGAAUAUAACGAACGUCGAAAGUCGAUCCUAAAUAAAUGGAAGGAAGACAUCACCACGAAUAAGUAUGGAUCUUCUUCACACUCUCGUGAAUCAGACUUGUAUGGGGUUCUCCAAUUAACGCGCAGCGCAACUAUAGCUGAAAUUAAAACAAACUACAGGAAACUCAGUCUGGAGUACCAUCCAGAUAAGAAUUGCGGUACUGAAACUGAAGAGUGGUACAGGCUUUCAAUGGCAUAUAAAAUCCUCUCAGAUGAGAACAGGCGCGCUCUUUAUGACCGUUACGGAACAAUUAAUGACGGAGGAGACUCCUGGAAACCCUAUAUUGGCGAUUUGGAAAAUGGCUUCGGACUAUUCUCAUAUGUAGAUGAUAAGAGUUUACCUGAACUAAAAUACAUAACAUCAACUGAGCAAAAAGAACGUCGUCAUCACAUUCGUAUAUCCAACAUUGUCAAUUACUUGCAAGAUAAACUUUCUCGAUUCCCAGAGCAAGACAAUUCUUCAGAGUUUGAAUCGUUUAAGCAAAGUCUUCGCCUAGAAACUCUGAAACUUGUUGAGGAACCUAACGGCGAGAAUUUACUAUCCUUAUUAGGUAGUAUUUACGUAUCAAAGGCCGAAGCCCAUCUAACCGGAAUUUAUUUGUUUGAUCGGCUUAAUUGGAUUAUAAAAUUGAUUCCAACUUUGAGUGAGAUCUUUGGAACGGGAGAUGAGGUCACAAAAGUAGCUUGGCUUUUUUCAAAGUUAGAAAUAUCUUCUAUCGCACGUGAAACCUGUGAGAAAGCCUUAAAUAACAAGGAUUACGAUAACCAUCGUCUUGCCGAUUCACUUAAAAUCUUGGGAGGUUUAUGGGUACAGACAAGCGAGCAAAAUUCGACGUUUAUUUGGAAAAAUACAAACAUAAAGAUGUUCUUGGCUUUGUGUCUAUUUAUUGUUCCAUUAAUGUGUGACAAUUUCAGAAAUACAUAUUAA